GAGAGCCUCCUGUCCGUGCUGCUGCGGGGGGUGCAGACCUGAGCUCCCGCACUCAUGGCUCGUCUUCUCUUAGCUUCUAAGGUUCUUGCUUUUCCACACCCAGAAGACAGUGCCCGAAGCCAGGGACACCAGCCAUGCGCCAAACAACUGGGCCUCAGGAGUCCGUGACCUUUGAGGACGUGGCCGUGUACUUCACCCAGAAUCAAUGGGCCAGCCUGGACCCUGUGCAAAGGGCCCUGUACAGGGACGUGAUGCUGGAGAACUAUGCAAAUGUGGCCGCCCUGGUGGCAUUUCCAGCCCCCAAACCUGAUCUGAUCUCCCAGCUGGAGAGAGGGAGUGCACCCUGGCGCCCCGAUCCUUGGGAAGCAGAGGUUUUGCGAGGCAUCUGUCCAGGUGACGAGUCCUGGAUCAAGGAUGAAGAGCCUGCUGUAAAGCAGGAAGCCUCCGGAGAAACAGAGCGGUUCAGAGUGCCGGGAGGUGGACUCAGAAAUGUUUCUCAGCGCCUUGAAUUUAAAAGCAAGGCCACGUGGCCCACUUUCAGCCUGAAUCCGAAUCUGAUACUUCGAGGGGGAAUGAAGUUCUAUGAGUGCAAAGAAUGUGGGAAAAUCUUCAGGUACAACUCAAGGCUCAUUCGGCAUCAGAUGAGCCACACCAGGGAGAAGCCCUUCAAAUGUAAGGAAUGUAGCAAAGCUUUCAAGUCCAGCUAUGACUGCAUUAUACACGAGAAGAACCACAUUGGGGAAGGGCCCUAUGAAUGCAAGGAGUGUGGCAAAGGUUUGAGUUCCAACACAGCCUUGACUCAGCAUCAGAGGAUCCACACGGGGGAGAAGCCCUACAAGUGCAAGGAGUGCGGCAAGGCCUUCCGCAGGAAUGCAGCCUACCUUCAGCAUCAGCGCUUACACACGGGGGAGAAAAUCUAUAAGUGCAAGGAAUGCUGGAGAGCCUUUGGUUGUAGGUCACUUUUCAUUGUCCACCAGAGAACUCAUACUGGGGAGAAGCCCUACCAGUGUAAGGAGUGUGGCAAGGCGUUCACACAGAAGGUAGCCUCCAUUCAGCACCAGAGGGUGCACACUGGAGAGAGGCCUUAUGAGUGUAAGGUGUGUGGGAAAGCCUUCAGGUGGUACAGCAGUUUUGUUCAGCAUCAGAAAUUGCACCCCGUGGAGAAAAAGCCCGCCCUGGCGAGUCCCCAGUGCCCCUCUUCAGCCUUGUCGCCGGGUCCUCUCCAGAGCCUGUGCUUGGCUCCCGCUGUGGCCACACCCUCGCUGACCUUCCCGCAGGCUGUGCUCCUUCCUACCUCUGGGCCUUUGUUCGUGCUGCUGCCCACAUCUGGAAUGCCUUCGCCACCUGUCCAAAUAGUGCAGGUCUUCCCGGGCCUUGCUCCCACUGUUAAGCCUUCCCCGGUUCAUCUCGCCUCUCGUGAGCUUUAUCUUGCCACGCCCGUGGCGCUCACGCCCAGCAAAUCUCCAACCUAAUUGGAGUUUCAUUUGUAUUUUUUUCCUCACCUGACAUGUGUUUCAGCUGUUUCAGCGCACACUGCAUUGUAAUCUAUAUAUUUAAAGAUUGUGUUUAUAUAGUAUGUUGUCUUUUCUUCGUGGGAUGGAAAUACUUGAUCUUUGCCUUGGCCCCUUUCUGGCUUGAAUAGUAAUGGCUGUAUCUGGGGGUGCUGGUUGGACACUGGGGUGUUAGAGAAGUUUGGGAGAGGGCACAUCCCUGUGUUAGGCCAUUAGAGAGAAGCAACCUGAGAGAAAUGGAGGAGAGUAGAGAAUUGUAGUAAAUUUGCAACAACAGACUUUAGAAAUGAGUGCAGAUUGUUGAGAAUAGUUCGAGAUGGUGUAGUAACGCAGUUGAAGUUGCAUUGUCCUCGGCUCGGAUCAUUGAGGAUCUCAUACAUCUAUGCCAAAGCUCGUGUGAGAUAACCAGUUUGAUUCUCUGCCUUCCCCCAAACCAGUGUCUGUGGUGGAGAGACUGAGAAGCAGGCUGGCAGAGACCUCCAGGGGACAUCAGCAGACCGGAAUCUAAAGUGUUAACUGUUCCCUAGAGACAAAGCUAUUCUAAGAGAAAGUGAUGCUUCCCUAACACUAGUGAGAUUCACCACAGUGGAUGCCACAUUGGUGGGACCAUUAAACAAAUCCACUUAUUCAUUCUCUUAAAAAUAUUGGGUAUCUACUGUGUGCCAGGCACUGUAGGAAAACCAGGGAAAUGAUGGUGGACGUCUUCAACCUCCUGAAUCUUACAGUUAUUUGGGGAAGAAAGUGGGACAGAUACUUUAACAAAUUAUUCAAAUGUGAAGGAAAUGUGUGGGGUGUUGUGCGAGAAUCCAGGAAAAAGGAGAGCCUGAGGGAACAGCAAAGGUCCUGAAGUAGGAAGACACACGGCUCAUCUCAGAUGCUAAAGGAAAUCCAAUCUGGCGGGGGUGAUAAGUGAGGGUGGAGAAAAAUAGUAUAACACAGUCAUUUUACUAGCACAACUCACUCACUCAUUACACAGAGAUUCUUCAAGGUUCACCCUAAAGCAAAUAAAUGUGGCCCAAAUAUUUUACCCAAGCAUUUUAUUUUGAAAUUGUUAAACCUGUAGAAAAGUUGAAAGAAUGGUACAGUGAAUACCUGUAUACCUUCCCUAUAGAUUAAACUGUUAGCAUUGUUUUCACAUUUGCAUUUUCUAUCUUCAUACGUACGUACGUAUAGUUUCCUAACUCAUUCCAAAGUAAGUUGCAGGCAUCAGACACUUUACCCCUGACUUCUUCAGCUGUAUCUCCUGAGAAUUGAAGGCAAUCCUCCCACAUAAUCACAAUAGCACUCUCACAAUGUGGGGGUACCAUCUAAUUUACAGUCCCUUAAAAAUAUCUGAUUUCCUCUGUACCUUUUCUAAAGCUGAUUUUUCCCCCCAAUCCAAGAUCCAAUGAAGGUUUCCCAUGGAUUUGGUUGUUACAUCUCUUCUAGAACAGUCCCCUGAUUAAAAACAAAAUGAUACUGACUUUUUAAAAGUUGCUUUACAUAUACUGAGGUAUAUUUUACACGUAAAUGAUUCACCCGUUUCAGGUAUACAAUUCAAUGAUUUUUUUUUAGUAACAUUAAACAUGACCAUAAAUCAGUUUAACAUUUUCAUCCAGUAAGGUCCCUCCUGCCCAAGCAACCACUAAUCUACUUACUGUCUCCAUAAAUCUUUUUAUGAACAGUUCUUACUUUUUAUUAAAAAAAUUUUUUUAAAUUGAUUUCAGAGAGGAAG